AUGGCUUCAUCUUUAAUUCUGCUGGCUGCUGCUGUUGCUGCCGUGGUGGCUGAUGCUUGCUGCGGCUGCUGCUGCUCCUGCUGUGUUGCUGUUGUUGAGCGGUUCCAAGAAUUGUUUGCUCAGACAAAGUAUAAGGAGGCUGCAGAACUUGCUGCAGAGUCACCGCAGGGAAUUCUCCACACUUCUGACACUGUUGCUAAAUUUCAGAGUGUUCCAGUGCAAGCUGGGCAAACACCUCCUUUGCUGCAGUACUUUGGAACUCUUUUAACUAGGGGAAAGCUCAAUGCUUUUGAGUCAUUGGAACUAUCUCGUCUUGUUGUAAAUCAGAACAAAAAGAAUCUUUUGAAGAAUUGGUUGGCAGAGGACAAACUUGAAUGUAGCGAGGAGCUUGGAGAUCUUGUGAAGGUUUGA